UGUGAUAUUUAUUUUCUUAACUUUUAAAAGAACAAGAAACUAUGUUGAAGGAACUAAAAGAAACGGAACAAGAGAUGCUCCAAAUGAAUGCACAACUUGAGGAGGAAAUAGAGGUUGUCAAGGAAGAUUGUAAUGAUUUAAAAGCUGAUUAUAGAGAUAUUUGUGAAGAAAAUAAACAAAUUAGAGAAUAUAUUGAAGAUAUGCAUUCCUUCCUUAUUCCAUAUUUUAAUAAUAUAGUGGGAGCUGAUGAUAAUGAUGAAGACAAUGAAGGUGUAAAAGAUAUGGAAAUCGACAAAAAUAACGCGGAUGAAGAUAAUGAAGAGAAGGAUGAUGAUGUUGAUCUCGAAUUUGAUGAGGUGACCCUUGGGCCUUUCCUCAUCGAAUUAUUCCGUCAACAACAGCAACAGCAACAGCAACAAGAAGUAGAACAAGAAGAACAAGGAGAUGAACAAGAUCAGCAAGAAGAGGAGAAACAAGAAGAAAGCGAAAAUCAGCAAGAACAACAAGGAGAACAAGAAAAACAACGAGAUCAAAUACGACAAUAAUAAUGAGUUUCAGUAACUAUUGUGUAUAUAUAUAUAUUUGUCAACCGACAUUUAAUGAUAUCUUAUUGGGGAAAUUAACUUUAUGAUGCAAAUUUUUUUCAAACCUAAUUUUUUUUGGUCUAUUUUUGAUUGGACAUUGUUUUAAUUUCGUGAAUGACAAUUUUAUUGAAGUUUUUUGUUUUU